UGGGAACACUUCGUGGUAGGACUACAGGAACGCCAGGACGGUCGGCCCCUGCUCAAAGCAUUCGCCCGCUUCGGCGGAUGUCGAUGGCGAGCAGGCUGCACGACGCCUCGCCGCCGUCGCCGGCCACGCAAAGCCCAGCCGGAGUCAGAAAGCGAAGCCAGGCAGGGCGACCAGCAGCCGAGGAGGAGACCACUGGCCGGAAGGGCUGAGGCGGCGGAGGAUCAGCCGCAGCGCUGGGAGGCGCCUGAUGCAUCGUUCAUGUCGACAAGCGCUGCACUCUCGGGGACGCACACGUUCUGGCUCAAGCCACCGGGUCUGCACUCUCGGGGAACAGCCUGCCCCGCCCACCGACGUUCUAAGCGAACCCACGGAAGCCCUCGCGAUGCUCAAGGGCGUGCAGUUCGCAAUCGUUACCUUCAUGGCUCUGGUGGUCGCUCUCGCGGCCGCCGACUCGCCGGGCAUGGUUGCCGGGCUCCACGAGGCCGUCGCGGGCCAGGACGAUAGCGAACUCGGCUCGGGCCGCUUCAUGGCCGCGAUGGUGAGCCUGGGAGGCAUGGCGCUGCUGGGGUCCAACUUGGCUCCUGCGGUGAUCCUCAACUUCUGAGCUGCGUCGCCGACAGCACCAGCCUUCGACGCUGGCUGGGCUGCUCUGUCAGUCCAGCGGGGUGCGGGCUUUCUGCGCCGGCGACCAGCAACUGGCGCGCCUUAGCACAAUGUACGCUUUGGUGCCCCCACGCUUCGUUUUCCCCUUCCUCCCCCUCGUUUCCUUUGGGGGAGCGAUCGUUCCGCCGAGAGGUUGUUCCAUGCGAGGGGGUGCAGGAGUUGUCCGCCCCUGCCUCGGUAGAGAUCUCCAUGAAGCGGUGCGCGAGAAGAAAGUCCUCGUGCUGUCGGGGCGCGCUUGCUCCCAGGACCGUCGAGCCCAGCCAGGGUCCAUCGUGGGCCCCGCAUCGGUGCACGAGAGUGAGCUUUUUGCGUUCUCCUCCCCAGGGCAACGCUCGUU